UGAUAUUUGGCCGGUCGUUGGUAUUUUCAAAUGCAAUCUGUGCUUGAUUUCGGGCCUGUUUUAUUCGCUAGAUCUUCAAAGUGUUGUCUUUGGUUUAGUUCAAAGCUGUUUUCAUCGUCCAGUGGUUAUCACAGCCGUUCUAAUGUCGGACAAACCUCAGGGGAAAUUGUGAAAUGGAUGGGAGAACACGCUCCCGUGUUUGGUGUGAACGGGGAAGAUAUUUCAGUUUUACACGAACCUAAUCAAUUUUUUACCUCUCUGAAGGUAAGAUCUUUCAGUAAAAUCAAAGUUUUCGCUUUUGAGUAUUGUUUAUUACUAUGUUUUAUUGCUUCUUGUCUAGGAAAAUGUCAGCAAAGCCAAGCAGAGGAUCAUCUUGGCUUCACUAUACCUGGGCACUGGGGAGAAAGAACAACAACUUGUAAGCGCUAUCCUGUCUUAAUAAGAUGAAUUUUAAUAUGUGUGUAGAAGAGAAAGCAGUCAUUAAUAAAACUUAUAAUGGAAUGGUAACAUCAUCAUCGCUUUUAAUUUUAUGUUCAUGAACAUAAACUUUUGCUCAAACCAAGGAACCUCUGUCCCCUUUGAUUCUCUUUGUGUGAAACUUUUUGCAAUCCUCCAGAGCCGAGUUAAUGUUGCUGGAGGCCUGUUGACCUGUAGCCUCUAAUCCUGGGUUAGCUGCAGAUAGAGCAUAUGUGUUGUCAUGAUAACUAUCACUGGAUUUGCAUUAAUUACUUUUGAACAACUUGACCCAGUCAAUUAAUGAAACCAAGGUAUAUACUAGCUGAAAGUAUUGGGUCGUUUCGUCGAUUUGGGUGAAUUGACUUUCAGGUGAAACGACCGCAAUUUGUGCUGAAUAAGACUGUGAUUGGCAGCUGCUGACAUUUCAACAACUUGUGUAAGAGUCAUCAUCAGACUUCUUAAUAUUAAGCGUCAAUCACUGUCAAAAACCAAACUCUUUGCGACUGUACUCAUUGGGAUGAUCACUUUCAAUCUACUAUUAUUUUCAUCAAAUGUCAGGCACUAUCAACAACAGAGCUAUUUAUGUCUGCACUCAUCCGGAUGAUCAUAUACGGCCAAGGGGGCGAUGGGCACCACUGGAAUUGAUUGAUUCUUAAUGCAAAAGGCCUAUUAAGGCAAUAUAUAUAUUUUUUGGUAGGUUGACAGUAUUCAUGAUGCAGUGAAGAGAUCCAAGGCCUCUGACCAGUUGUUGAGAGUUGAAGUCCUAUUAGAGCACACCAGAGGAUCUCGAGGAGAACACAACUCCAGAACCAUGCUUCUUCCUCUAGUUCAAAACUUCAGUGAUGUGGUCAAAGUUUCUUUAUACCAUUCACCAAGCCUGAGGGGACUGCUGAAGUUGCUUCUGCCAGAGCGCUUCAAUGAAACGGUGGCUCUCACUCACUUGAAAGUGUACUUAACUGAUGAUACCAUUAUCAUGAGUGGGUCAGUGAUUAGCUUUGUUUCUUUUCUAUCCUUACCCUGAGAAACCAGCCCACAUUUUUUGACGCACUGCUGGUUUCCACGCGAAAUGAUGUCUGAGAAACAAGUGCAAGAAUUCCAUACUGAUGACAUGUCACUAGAUGCCAGAUCUGGGUAGUGCUUCUGAUUGGUCGUGUCACAUGGGAAAUUUGCAUUAACUAUUAAAUCAGAAGCACUACCCAGAUCUGGGUAGUGACGCAUUGUCAGUAUGGAAUUUCUGUACUAGUUUCUCGAAGUCAUUUCCCUGGGAAACCAGUGGUGGUGUUCCAGAAGGUCGGCUGUCUUCUCGGGCUAUCCUAUCCUCCUCCUCUGUGGACAUAUUUCCUCUGCCCUCUUUAUCUGCUCUUCCUCAUUCCCCCUCUAUUCUUCCCUUCUCUUUUCUUUUCCUCUCUCAUUUCCUUCCUCUUUUUUCUCUUUCUCUUCCAUCCUCCCCUCCACUCUUCUUUUUUACCCCUUCCCUCUUCUCUUAUCCACUGACAUAUCAUCCCCUCCCUUCUUCUCACCUUCCCUUUUCUUACCCUGUCCAUUUCUUCUUCCCCUCCCCUCCCCUCUCCUCCCUUAUCUCUCUCGGGCUGCUUUUAGCAUAUGGUGUACAUUUGUUCUAAUGGUAUGUAACAGGUUACAAGUACAUGAUGUACCUCCCAGAUGUUCCUUGCUUUCUAACUAGGAUUCAAUGCAUAGAUUCUAGAACAGUCGUGAGUGCACAUUUUGUACAUAUUUGCUAGAUCACUGGAAGAACUGUCCUCGUAAUUUAAGAGAUUAGUACAUUUUAUUUUAAUUCAGCAGGUAAAAAUCAGAGAAUAAUACUGACGGUCAGCAACUUUUUCUUCACAGAGCUAACUUAAGUGCUGAUUACUUCACAAAUCGUCAGGAUCGAUACAUUGAAAUCAAGAAUUGUUCACCUUUGGCGGACUACUUCCAUGGACUUGUGACAACUGUGCAAUCGUUCUCUCUUCACCUUCAACCUGACAACACGACUGUAAUGAGUAAGACUUUUCCCGUGCAUCCAACAAAAGGAUUUGAUGGUGGUAAAAACUUCAAGUCUGAAGCUGGGAAAAGAGUGUCUGCAUUUUUGAAAGAGCAACAAAGAAACAACACGCACAGUGAUUUGAAAACGACAGUAAAUAGUCAAUUCGACACAUGGGUGGUGCCUUUGGUGCAAAUGUUCCCAUUUGGAAUUCGUCAGGACGAGUUUAUUACAUCAGAACUAUUGAGCAAUGCAACUCAAGAUAGCAAGUUAUUUUUGGCCUCUGGAUAUUUUAAUUUAACAAGAAAAUACAUGGAUAUACUGUUGAAGUCCUCUGCGAAGUGUGAAAUACUGACGUCACAUCCAACGGUGAAUGGUUUUUAUGAAGCCAAAGGGGUCGCUGGUAAGUAUUCAUGUCACCCUUGUUCUAAACAACAACAACAAUUGCGAAAACAUUAUAUUGAGAAAACAGCCGACAUUUGGAGACGCUACCACUGGUUUUCCCGCGAAAUGACGUCUGAGAAACCAGCGCAGAAAUUCCAUACUGAUGACGCGUCACUACCCAGAUCUGGAUAGUGCUUCUGAUUGGUUGAAGCAAAUUUCCCAUGCGGCUGAGUGAUCGUGCCGCGAGGGACAUUUUCUUCAACCAAUUAGAAGUGCUUCUCAGAUCUGCGUAUAUAGUGACACGUCAUCAGUGUGGAAUUUCUGCGCUCGUUUCUCAGACGUCAUUUUGGGGGGGAAAGUAGUGGCGGCAUCGCAAAAUGUCGGCUUUUUUCCCAGACUGAAAGAUUGACAACAUUGAGAGGAUUAUUGAGUUUAACUUUCGUAAUUUAGAUUGAUCCCUGUUUCAAAAAGUGCAAGUAGUUUAUUACAGUUGUCAACUCUGUUUGGUAUUUCUGCCUGACGAAGUAAUUCAUUUGGCUGUAAUGUUUAAAACUGACCAAAACGCUGGUGAUAGGUCAAGUACUCCGCGGCCUUCUGUUCUAGAUGCAAAACAUUAGCAAAAUUUCAGCUUCCGAAGUUCAGGGUUCGGGUAUGCACAGAAAGCAAAACUUCAAGGUCUUAGGUUUUAAAAGUGACGCAGCAGUUUCAACUUUUACAUUUCGCUUUCUCUUUCGCUUUUCCUUUUUUUUUUUUUGCUGGGCAUUUUCUAGGCAUCAUUUUGGCGGGAAAAGUUUUUGGGAAAGCUUUUACGAUCGUAGGAUUAGAUGAAGAAAGUUUUUUUUUAGGAAUUUUCGGGUCAAGGUUACAUUUUUUGCUACUUUCUCCGGACUUCUUGACUGAAUCUACAUCAGGUUUGAAAAAUCUCUUCCCCCUUCUCAACUGCUCAAGUUAGAUGACAAAGUUGUCCUUGACCCUUUAAACCGACGACGUCACAAGCGGUAUGAAGAACGAGGUUACGGAUGGUUCAGGAACGAUUGGGUUAAUACUCACGAAGUAACCGAUUAACAACAUUACCCCCAAGUACACGUAAAAACUAAUAAGAUUUUUGUAACAGCGGUAUUUUUUACUUCCAUUGUCUUUUCAGGAGGUAUACCACAUGCCUACACACUUUUAGCACGUGAUUUCUAUCGACUUACCAAUCAAUAUAAGCAAACAGAUCGCAUCUGCCUUCAAGAAUACGUGCGUAAUGACUGGACCUUUCAUGUCAAGGGGCUCUGGCACUACCCAGGAAAUCGGACUUCACCAAAUCUUACUCUGAUUGGUUCUCCAAAUUUUGGGCACCGUUCUGUGUACCGUGAUUUAGAGGCCCAGGUUGCUAUAGUAACAGACAACAAGGGGCUCAGUGAGGCACUCAAUAAGGAGAAAACUCAGCUUUACCACAAUGCACAGCGAGUCACUGAUGAGACGUUCACUUUGCCCGAGCGUAAAACUCCGUUUUGGGUGUAUUGUGCUACACGAAUGAUAAAGAAUUUGCUCUGA